AAAAUUGUUGUUUAGCAUCCACUUCAGUAUGAAAAUGCUGUGAUAAAGAGUUUCUGAACCUGUUGUCGAAGUAAAGAAACGUUUUCAGUACUUACCUACGAGUCUUCAAAUGUCAGUUUGCAUGACAACCUUUCACUAAUCAGCCAACUUUUCGAGGUGUAGAAUAUCGUGCUAAAGUUAAAAUAGAGCGGUAAAGUUCAUAUCAUAUAUAAAUCAAUACACUAGUUAUACAAUGGACAAUUCGAAAAUAUCAGCUCAGAUUGAACCAUGAAAUCCUAAAAAAUCUGUUUCUUAAUUGCAGGAAAAUGAGUAUUCAAACCUCCUUGACUUAGUCUUUACAUCAAACUACCCCCAUAGCUGCUCAAUCACCUAUCAAAGUAAUCUGAUGAACUGAAGGUAAAUGCAUGUAAACAAUUCUUUAUAUAUUCAACCUGUAGAAAGUGUAAAUUGGUUGUUACACAUUCUAUAUACACAAUCUUCAUUUUUAAAAUGUAAAGAUAUCGUUAAGCAUUAUGAACAGUUUUCUUUAAAUGAUAAUUAUCAUCUUUAUUGCCUUGGUCUUAUUCAUCGUUCAAAUGGUUGUAUUCAGGAAUCGUUGAAUUGUUUUACAAAGUGUUCAGCAAGUAAUAAUAAUUCACCUGAUAUACUUAAACAGAUUGCAAGGUCAUUAUUUUUACAAGGUCAUCACAAUGAAGCAUUAAAUACUUAUAAAGAUGCUCACAAACUUAAUCAAAAUGAUUGGGAAAUACAAUUUGGACAAGGUUUAUGUCACUUUUAUAUGAGGCAAUAUGAUCAGGCAGAAGAAUAUUUUAUCAGUUCUAGUAUACUUACAAGAAAUAUUAAACCUUUAAAAUGGUUAGCAGAUGUUCAAUUGAAAAAAGGUUCAAUAGAUUUAGCUAUUGAAACAUUGAAAAAAGCAACAUUAUUAGUUCCAGAAGAUCCAGAUCUACAAACAACCCUCGGUUCGCUAUAUCUUCGAAUUAAUCAAGAACAGUUGGCAUUUGAAUGUUUAAGUUCAGCUAUCCUACUGCAACCAAAUCAUUUUGAAGCUAACCAGCUUGCCAGUUCAAUUAUCACCUUACACGGUGAUUAUAAUGUUGCACUGAAUAAAUAUCGUUCUAUAAUAAGACAAGCUUCAGAAAAUUCAACUUUAUGGAAUAAUAUUGGUGUAGCUUUAUUGGGUAAAAAGAAGUUAGUUGCGUCUAUCACAUGUUUUCAACGUGCUCUAUAUUUAACUCCAUUCGAUUGGAGAAUAUCAGCUAAUUUAGGCUUAAUAUACAUUCAAACAUCGCAAUGGAUAAGUGGAUUCCACCAUUUGAAUACAUCGAUACAGUUGUAUAAUUCAGUGAAACAAAAUUCAAUGUGUUCAAUGAAUCAAAAGAUUUCAUUUGAUAUUGGAAUGUUAUAUUGUUUAUUAGCCUAUUGUUUUAUUAUGCUAAAAGAAUAUUCAAAAGCGCAUGAAGCAUUUAUGUGUGCAUAUAAACAAAACAGUAAGAAUCCAUUGGUCCUUCUGAAUUAUAUAAUAUUUCUUACAAAAGUGGACAAAAAUUUAGCCAAUCAAAUUUUUGAUGAAUAUGAAAAACUGGUUUCAACAUCAGAAGUUUCCCUACCCUACUGGGUGAAUAAGAAUGAUAUGGAAAAGAAAGUUAUUCAAUUGAAAAACUAUCUUGGAAGAAGUGAAUUGAAAUCUACUGAAACAUCACCAACUACUGUUCAAACAUCUUUAUGAUAGAGUUAUUCGAAAAGGAAUCUAUUCCUGAUUGUCAGUUGUAUACUGUUAAAAUGUCUGACAACAAACACCCUAAUUACUUUUUCGUUCACUUCAAUUAUUAUUAAUCCUAAUGUCUAAUUUAAUCAACUAACAAUUUUGAUCAUUGCUGUACUAUUAAUUUUUACAUAUUUCAAGGUUAAAUUAGCAGUAAUUUUUUUAAAACAUAUAAUAUCUA